GAUGCAAGCUCCAACGAAGGAUGUCCAGCCGAUAGCUCCAGGCCUGAGAGGCAUCGAAUUCAGCAACUCAUGAGCCUCCGUUAACUUCCCAACUCUUCCCAGGAUGUCAGCCAGUAGUGCUAAGUUUAGGGCUCUUGGUUUGUAUGCAUUGCCGCUGCGAUAUUCCGAGCGAUUGACCGCGCGUCUAGUGAUUUCUGGGAGCUGCCGAUGGCUUUGGAGGCUGUCUUUAGCAAAUGCUUUUCUGGAGCUGGGAUUUCUCAUGGAUGUGGAAAUUUCUUUCUAGGGGGAUUUGCAGCAGCUGAGCUCGAGCUCCAGGUCGUGUUUCACAGGAAGGAAAUUGGCAGUAACAGGCGCUCAAUGUGGUACCUCCUCCAGUACGCAGGAGUACCCAAGAAAUGCUGGUUCCUCUAAGAUACGCUGCUCGUCAAAUGAUCCUCCCUCAGCUUGGCCAGAGCAAUGGUGGAUGGAGCUAGGAAAAAAUCCUGGGAUGGACCAAAGCCCAUUUCACUUCUUGGAUCCACGGGCUCCAUCGGCACACAGGUUAGAAUCCCUGUUUUCCUUCGUUUCCUAUGCAAGCGAUGAGGAUGCUAACGUGGUGUUGUGCCACACACUUGACAUCAUCUCGGAAAACCCUGACAGAUUCAAAGUUGUUGGCCUGGCUGCUGGCUCAAACGUUACACUUGUUGCUGAUCAGGUCAGGAGAUUCAAACCAAGCAUGGUUGGGAUUCGAGACCGAAUUAAAAGAAGCCAUUGCUGAUCUUGACGAAAAUCCAGAGAUUGUCGUUGGGGACGAAGGAAUUGUACAGAUAGCGUGUCAUCCAGAGGCAGUAGAAGUUGUGGCAUAUUGGCGGAGGCAGCCGCGCGCAUACCGGACAACAAAGAUCGGUUGAAUGCGGUGCUGGAGGUGGCGCAGCGAGUUUUCAAGCAAGCGUACGUUGUGGAGGGGCCUCGAGGGGAAAUAGUUACAUGCCUGUUGCAAGCACGUCGUUGAAGACUAAGUUUACUCAGCCGGCAGUCCAUAUGUUCUACCUCUUGCAAAGAAACACGGAAUCAACAUCCUACCUGCGGGAGA